AUGCCAUUUUUGAACACAGCCUCAUACGACAGAGCUUGCAACAACGCAAUCACUCCUCAGUAUCCCUUCUCUCUACGAUUGCAACUCCAUCGGACCUCCCGAUGUUUCUGCUCCAGCCUCAUUUGGAUGUGGAUGAGACGGAUUUCCGUGGCCUGCCUGCCUUCCAAAUGUCUGCCUUUCAGGCUGAACGAGCAACACGACGGAAGAAAUGGAAAGAUGGUGUUGAUGCGUUGUACACUUGCUGCGCACUGUGGGGUUAUGGCGGCAAAAGCGUCUGCACGCCCAACCGCGUUGAGGCCCCAGAAGCAUCAGAGUUUUGACAUGCAGGACGUCAAACAGACAAUGUAA